GCCACCACCACCGUUGCUCGCCGUUCCUCGAUAAUUGUGAACAAGUUACCUACCAUAGCUCUACGACGUACCCUCACGAACCUACAUAGAAACCCGAACAGAAUGUCCGAAACGAUGCGGGCCGUUUUGAUUAAGGAUGGUAAAGGUCCGGUGGAGAACCUCUAUCUUGGAGAAGCGCCCAAACCUACCCCUAAACAGAAUGAAGUCCUCGUAAAGAUCAAAGCUUUCGGACUGAAUCGCAUGGACAUCGUUCAACGUCUAGGCUUUUACCCCGUCCCGGCUGGGGCUUCACCUAUCCUUGGCGUCGAGUUCUCGGGGACAGUUGAAGAGGUCGGGAGUCAAUCGGGGAACUGGAAGGUCGGGGAUGAAGUACUUGGAUUGGCGAGCGGGGGAGCUUACGCGGAGUACAUCGUUCUCCCCGGGACACAUCUGCUGCACAAGCCGAAACACCUUUCGUGGGUUGAAGCCGCCUCAAUCCCCGAGAACUUUCUCACCGCCUUCCAGGCUCUCUUUCUGGUCGCGGAGUUCAAGAGAGGAGAGAGUGCCAUGAUCCAUGCUGGAGCCUCCGGUGUGGGUGUAGCUGCGAUUCAGCUGUGUCGCUACUUCGACGCCUCCUCUGUGACGGCUACGGCCUCUACCCCAUCCAAGCUCUCCUGGCUACUGUCCAUGAACAACGGAGCCACACACGCAGCAAACUAUAAAUCCGAAGACUUCAGCGCCGUCGCAAAAACCGCCACAAACGGCAAAGGAGUGGAUGUGAUCGUCGAUCCAGUAGGACAAAGUCAUUGGCAUAAGAACAUCGACAGUCUGGCCAUGGAUGGACGGAUGACAUUGUUGGCAUUUUUGAGCGGUGCGGAGAUCCAGGGCGCGAACUUGCAACCUAUUCUUUAUAAGCGCUUGCGCAUUCAGGGAUCCACGCUUAGGUCUCGUUCGGUGGAGUACCAGGCGGAUUUGAUUCAGAGGUUCGCAAAGGAAUGCUUGGGUGACAUUACGGGCGAGAAGGGGGAUGGGAAAUUGAAGACAUAUAUCCACGAGGUGUUCCCCUGGCAAGAUAUCCAGAAAGCUACACGGGAGAUGGAGGCGGAUAAGAACAGUGGAAAGAUAAUCGUGGAGAUCGUUUGAACCAUUUGGAUUUGGGAAGACGUAGGACAUGAGGUUUUCCUGCACAUUCGGGGGCGCUCUCUUUGGUGGGCUGGUAGGUGAAGGAUAUUGACGAAGACGAGGUAUAAAGGAGAAAGAAACGUCGUGUAAGUAUCGGUAGGGUAAGGUUUCCAAGUAUUCGAAUUCAAUGUAUAUUGUGUAUUUUAUCA